AUGUCUAAUCCAUUACGUCCAAGGCGUCCUGUUGCAACACCAGAUUUGGGUAAGGUAAAAAUACGUGUUGGUAGAAAUGCGAAGAUUAAUCAUGAUCCAGCUAUAAAGCGUCCAAAUUUUCGCGGAUAUUCUCGUAUUCAAUUAGAACCAAUUCAUCAAGAAUUUAAACCACUAGAAGAAAAGAAUGAUAUUGAAAUAAAACAACAUCAGUUACUUCGGCAUGGAGAUUCUACCGAUGUUUAUAAUGAUAAUAAUAACAACCAUGGAUAUUCUGAUGAAAAACAUAAGAACGACGUACAUGAAGACGAAAAUCAAAAUGAGAUUCCUGCAGAUAAUUCUUUAGUCCAACGUAACAAUGAUAUUCCAACAAUAGUUGAACAAUUUUGGUCUCAACUACGACAACAUAUUGCAUCACAAACAACAAAAAAUGAUAAUUGGAAUCAUGGCUUACAAAAGACAAAUAACAAAGUUGUUCGUGUUUUUGUAUCAUCAACAUUUACAGAUUUUUUUAAUGAACGUGAAGUAUUAAUUAAAAAAGUAUUUCCCGCGUUACGUGAAAAUUUGGAGCCAUGUGGUAUUCAAUUAAUUGAUUGCGAUCUAAGAUGGGGGGUACCCAAAGAUUCAACAACUGAACAAACGAUUCUUGCAUGUCUUGAAGAAAUUGAUAGAUGUUUUGAAGAUAAUGGUCAGCCAUUCUUCAUUGGAUUGAUUAGCGAAAAAUACGGAUGGGUGCCCGACAAAGAAGAAUUGCCAAAAAGCAUCAGCAAACGUUAUGAUUGGAUUCAUGGUGCAUCGAUAACACUAAUGGAAUUCAUUCACGGCGCAUUUCGAACAAACAAUCCAAACGCUUGUUAUCUUGUAAGAAACUCGAAUGCAUUAACAAAUGUUCCAGAAAAAUACAAAGCAAAAUUUUUUGAAAAAGACGCCUAUGGUCAACAUCAAGUGCAGGAAUUAAAAAAUCAAUUGAAAGAUCUCUAUCCAAAUCAAGUUUUUGAUUAUGAUGGUACAUAUAGUGGUCUCGAAACAACAGAAGGACGUGAACGAGUGAAAAUUUCUGGUUUACAAGAGUUUGAAAAGCGUGUAUUUACAUUUCUGACAAAAGCCAUUGAGGACUGGUAUCCAAGUAGUUUUGAAAAAGAACGUUCCACAGAUGUUCAAAUAACCGGUAAGUUUUAA